AUGUCUUUGGUAUCUUAUGAUAGUUCAGAUUCCGAUGAAGAAUAUGAACAACAGAUUCCUACAAAAUCGACGUUUAAUGAAAACUUGUUUCAGCAUGCGAGAAGAGUUCCUAAAGAGAUGGCAAAUGAUGAGAAAACAAAAAGAAAAUCAGAGAUUUAUGUGGAUAAUAAGAGGUAUCUAAAUGAUGAUUUAAAAGAAGAUGAUACAAAACCGAUUAAGAGAACUACACAACAUAUCAAGGAUCCUGUAACGCUUAAUGAAAUUCUGCCCGCCCCUCAUUAUGAAAAACCUAUUCUCCCAAAACAAUCAAAACGUUCCGACUUAGAAAUUGAAGCUGUACAUGAUGAUACAGAAAUAAAUGAUGACGAGAGUUCAGCAGUCGCCAAUUUAGAUGAUGGUGCGGAAAAAGCGAAUGUCGAUUCUAUUUCACUUUUUAAUGUGUCAGAUCCCUCUAAGCGUACGUAUGAAAGAUCCGCAGUAAACGAGCCAAAUUAUGAACCCAUCUUUGUAAAACCUCAACGAAAGAAAACGCGCAUUAAUGCAGAGUCUCCGAAAAUUUUGGAUAAAACCACUUCGCAACCGUUUAACAAGGUACAGGAUACCGAAAAGGUGCUGUCGCCUGAAACGGAUAUUAUUGAAGGAAGGCGGAAAGAAAAGGUUCGAUUUAUCGACGUUGAUAUGAAUCAGUUACCUAAAGUGGAUGCUCAUGAAGAUACUUCAGUAACACCAUCAAUUAAAAGUGUAGCACCUGGUCGGCAUCAAUUAUCAUCUUUGGUUGGAAUGGCUGUUAGCCAAAAGGAAAGUUUUGAAACUUAUUUUGAACAGCAACGCGCAAAUAAAAAGGCGUCAUCAAAGAGUUAUGGAUUUUAA